AUGGGUGUUUUCACUGACCAUCCACAUACUGCAAUCACCGAGAGGAUCAAUUCCAUCAUCAGAGAUGAAGAAUUGGACCCAGAGAUUGAAAUUCCAGAGCUGUUGGGCCUUAUCACUCUUCAGUACUCUGGGCCAACAGAGGCAGCCAGGGCGAUGAGAAAGAAGUUGAAGUACGGUAACAGCAUGGAACAAGGUCGUUCUCUGGAGCUGUUGAACUUGGUUGUGGUCAACGGAGGCCCGAAGCUGGCUGAGCUAUACAACGAUCGGAAACUGCUGGAGCUGCUGCGCUUCAUGGCCAAUGACCCCACGGUGAACAUGCAGUUGAGAAAGGGGAUUAUUGGGUAUGCCAUUGUGUGGAACGAGGAGUUCCAAGGUAAGAGGGAGUAUGCUGGUGUCGUUAACCUGAAGAGCCAGCUGCCAAAGGCCAGAAGGGUUAGAAAGAAAAGAAGAGACGAUUUCAUGGAUGAUGAGGCGCUGAGUGAUGAUAACGAUAGUUACAAUGAUGAACGCUCCACUGCAUCUUCAUCCUCUUCGUCUAACCGUCACCAUCAGCAGCAGCAGCAGCAUCAGAGACAGCAAGUAACCAGAACCACCAGUCCUAACGACAAGUACAGGAUUCCAAAGAUCAAUUUAACAAAGGAAGGCCCAAAGAUCAAGGCUUUGAUCGCUGAGGCCUCCAAGUGUUCAACGGAUCUCAACAAUGCACUGCAAUCUAUUAACAGAUCUCGUGGUCAAUUGAGCUCAGAUGAUCCGAGAUGUUGCCAGUUGUUCGACAAGACUCGUAUUGUUAGAAGACGAAUCUUGAGAUACCUGCAACUGGUUGAAUCUGAGGAGUUCUUGGGGUCGUUGAUCCAUUCUAAUGAAGAAUUGGUUGCUGCUCUGCAAAAGUACAGUGAAUAUGCAUCUGUUCCGGGUCAGGACUCUACUGAUGAUUAUGAAUCUGUCAGUGACGAUGACGACGAUGAUGAUGACGACGACGACGUCCGUAGUGAGACUAUCAGCGUUUCUGAAUCGUUAGCCUCAAGAAUGAUUGAGCAACAUGCCAGAAGUAAGAUCUCUGCCGGUAAUGACCCAUUCAGUGAUAUUAACCGUGUUGAUGAAACUGCUGGGUGGAGAUGAAUCGUCUCCAGUGCUCAUUUUCUCCUAUUCUCUACAUUAAUUCAUUAAUUCAUUAAUUCCAGUGAAAUGUUUGUUGCAAACCUCUCCAAUUUCUGCAAUUGAUUAACAGUGUUGGUUUUCAUAUCCAUCGCAGUUAUAUCACCAAGCCAACUAUUCGUCAGCUUUAAUACAACGUUAUUCACUGUUGAUUGAGUAUUGAGGACACCAAAAUUGGUGGAAUCACAUCUGUAAUUCGAGAGUAGCUGGAGCCUUGAAAGAUAUCCAUGAUGAAUGACACUAUCUCUAGGGAAUUUAUACAUUAUAAAGAGAAUAU